AUGAGAUCUUCUUUAACAUCACAUCUCAAUCUCAUAAGAAAUCAAUUCAAACCAUUGGUUCAAGCUACUCAUUCAAGAUCGUUUACAGCUUCUUCAAAAAACAACAAUAUGACAAAAUUCGAUAUCAAUUCAAAGCUUCGUAUGAACUCGGGAUAUGAUAUUCCUAUCCUGGGGUAUGGAGUUUACCAAACUCCAGCAUCUCAAUGUGAAGAUCUAGUGACCAAAUCCUUUGAUGCGGGUUACCGACAUGUCGAUUCAGCAGCAGCAUAUCGAAAUGAAGGUCCUUGCGCCGUUGCAGUUCAUAAAUCCAGCAUUCCACGUGAAGACAUUUUCUUCACUAGUAAAAUUCCACCUCGUGCCUUGAGUUAUGAGAAUACCAAAGCACAAGUUACCAAAACUCUUAUGGAAACUGGGCUUGACUACAUUGAUCUUAUGCUCAUUCAUGCUCCUUAUGGCGGGCGAGAUGCUCGUAAAGGUGCUUGGAAAGCUCUAGUUGAGGCUCAGGAAGAAGGAAAAAUUCGCAGUCUUGGCGUCAGCAACUAUGGUGUUCAUCAUCUGGACGAAAUGGAAGUUUAUAUAAAAGAACUGGAGGAGGAAAGAGGGAAGGGUAGAGGUGGCGUUAUUGAUGUUGGUCAAUGGGAACUCCAUCCAUGGCUUGCUCGAGCUGAUAUUGUUUCAUGGUGUGAGAAACGAGGCAUUAUUUUAGAAGCAUACUCCCCUCUUGUUCGUGGCGAGAGGCAUGACUCAGAACUGCUUCAACCACUCGCUAAGAAAUACAACAAAACCUCGGCCCAAAUCCUGCUAAGGUGGAGUUUACAAAAGGGCUUUGUACCCUUACCAAAAACUGUUACCCCCAGCAGAAUUAAGGAAAAUGCCGACAUUUAUGAUUUCGAGCUCACGGCAGGGGAGAUGAAUGGUCUGAAAACCGGAGACUAUUAUGUAUGUGCUUGGGAUCCUACUGUCGCUACUCUUGAUCAAUAG